UCAGCAAGCCAUCUUUGUUCCCUUAGUCCACACGGCUAUUUUUUUAUAUAUAUAUACACAGUGACACGGCGAAGACUAGCGGUAGCAGUUCUCCUAUAAUAAAUAUCCAUAGACGAGGUGCGGUGUAGGCUGUGAACGGAACGCAGAAAAAAAACGAGAACGCGUCCUACUCAUAAUUAUCACUCUCUCAUUUAGAAUUAACAGAGGAGAGAAUCAGCUGACAAGAAGACUGGGACCAAAAAAGACAAACCACACUCCAUCCUAUUAAACAUAUACUCUUCUAGGAUUUAUAUACGUUAAUAACCCUACAAUAAGAGAUGUCUGCUCCAGCUCCUACUGCUGCCCCUGCAGCUGGAGAGAACCAGCCCCCUCCCAAUCUUACCAGCAAUCGGCGCCUGCAGCAGACGCAGGCACAGGUGGAUGAGGUGGUGGACAUCAUGCGUGUGAACGUGGACAAAGUUCUGGAGAGGGACCAGAAGCUGUCGGAGCUUGAUGAUCGGGCUGACGCACUGCAGGCUGGAGCCUCCCAGUUUGAGACCAGUGCUGCCAAGCUCAAGAAUAAGUACUGGUGGAAGAAUGCCAAGAUGAUGAUCAUCCUGGGGGUGAUUUGCGUGAUUGUCCUCAUCGUCAUCAUCGUCUACUUCAGCACCUAAGCUGGGCGUGAAGCCGCGCUCACGAUGGCCCUGGCUCCUGACGGCAAGAAAAAAAAAAAAAACCCAAGAUGAAAGAUAAAAAUACCCACCUCUCGU